CAAAAGAGGCUAACAUGAAGGUGAUGGUGGCGAUACUCCUUGUGCUUAAUAUUCCGGUGGCCUUUACCAGUAAGUAUUAGUAUCCUUGUAUGCUCUAUUUGUGGCGGUUUGAUCGGCUCCGUUAAGUGUGGAUGUUGGCAGCCGCACAGUUAGUAAUACACAGCGGGGUUUAUGUAAACAUCACUAAGCCCGAUUAAGCCUUUCGUGGGGUCUUGUAAUCCUGCUAUUCACCAUUGUGAUCUCGAGGGUUUAGUUUUUAAAAUAAGGACACCACCUACUAUUUAUGCGAAAUAAGUUAGGCUCAGGAAGCCUUAUACGAUACACCAACUUAAGUUUUGAAGCUAACUAGAAUUUUUGCUCUUCCGUGCUGCAUCUUUAGAUAUCACAAUGACGUCUCUACAGUCUUUCGCUCAGGAAACGUUUUUAACAUGCUUUUAACUGUACCUUACUGCAUUGCUUUUUUUCAUUUUUCCAUAUGCGCAAUUUAUUUACUUUCGUGGUGGUUCCAUUUUCAUUGAGGGCUAAUGGUACGGGAGGACUUUCUGGCGAUCUCGUAAUUCGGUAUCCGCACCAUGAUAUAAAGACAAGUUUUUAUGUCCAUUGUCUCUUGAUACCAAUACUUUGUAUGAAUAUACACCGCCUGGUUCCGUAUACCAAUCUGCCGUCGUUUACUGAAAUCAGUGAGACGUAUUAGAUGCGAAAAAAGCAGCCGGCCGAUGGAAACUUAAUCGAAAAGUCUAUAUAAACAACUUUAGAAAUCUUCGAUAUGCCACUAAGUCUUUUGAAAUGUUCUAAAGGUUUUUUUCGGAAAGGUGCCUGUUCAUUUCUUUCAACGAACGCUAAUUAAAUCCCACAUCCCUUUGAAAUGAGGAGAUUUGCGCGGGAAAAUUUUUAAGUUCUUUGACUAGGAGCCCCGCUGUGCUCUCUUUAUUUCGAACCGAGGUUAUGGCCGCAGCAAAGUGAAUUCUAUUACACGAUGAAUAUGUAAACAUAUGUGUGUAAGAAGUGUAAAGUUUUACGGUCUCAAGGCAUUAACACUUUCAUUGCAUCUACAGAAAUGCUGCCAUCUUUCUCCAUCCUUCAAAAAAUGUAUCUUGGCGAUAAAAAUUAUGGAGGGAUUUACAACCGCUUGAAUGUUGAAGAGUACCUUUUCCCAGAAGACAGUGGUGAGCUCAAAUUCUAUCCAAAUGCCACAUGCAUAUUGCGCAUGAGCGCCGUGUUAAACGUCACAACAGAAAGGAACGGAAGCAAGAAAGGUCUGAAAGGCUACCAUUAUUUCUAUGAACGAGCACCUCUCUUAGAGUACCUCAAGGAAGAAUUUGGUAAGCCUAUUGUAUCUAACAAUACCGCAGUUUUUCGAGGGCAAGUGGGAAUAAUGUUCGUUGACAUCAAAGAUGGAGAUGACAGCAAAGAUUGUAGCGUUCUGUUAUGGGACGGGAAUGGAUUUCAUCAAGCAAAAGGUGUCCUAAAACACAAAAAUUUCAUAUCUGCUCAGCUGUGGCCUGCUCCUACAGGUAAGUGGAAGAUGCACGUCGGAGUAACAUUUGGGUUUAGGGAUUUAAUCAAUUAGAGUGCCUGAGCUGAAUGAUUUUAUCAUGUAGACUAUCCUUGCUGACCUGACCCUAGCCGACGAGCCCUCUCCUUUGAAAGCUUGCCUCGGUUGGCCGUACGUGGUCUGGGUACGAGAUAAUUAGAUGGGCAUUUACAGUUUGGGAAUAGAAUAUCGGGAGCAAACCUGACGCAGAAAUGUUCUUUAAGUAUUGGUGGUUUCGACCCCUGCUAUCGAAAACAUAUUUGGUAUCAAUUCUAAUCAUUUAAAUAGCUACCCAUAUCAGUGAACAAAUCUUAAGGAAAAGUCUGUCCCCUAACCCGUCCAUCUAAGUUGAUUCCGUCGAAAUUUCCUCAUCAAGCAAAUUACGGUUCAAGGCUUAUAGCUUGUCAAACACCUAAGUAAAUUAGCUAAUGAAUCUUUCCCCUUUUUAUCAGAUGGCUGUGUAAUCGACGUCAACGUUGAGAAAUCAGGCGGGGGAAUAUGCUUCCCUUCGAAAGCUAAAGUAGAGGUCAGAUCUGGGAAGAAGAUUCCCAUCAGUGAGCUCGCCAUUGGAGACACAGUCAAGACCUUUUCUAGGGGUGGCGAAGUUGUCUUUAGUCAUGUGGUUACCUUCUUGGAUCAAGCGCCUGACCACAAGGGUAGGUGGUACACUUGAAUAAUUUAUUCCUUCAUCUUUGUAUUUGUCUCCUAAACUUUUUAUUUAUUUUUUUAAGUUCUCCUUGACAAGAUGUUUGCCGUUAUUACAUUUACUUGGAAAUCACUGGUUAUCCUUGUAAUCUGAUUGGCUUCCAAAUUCUCAUAUUUUAGAUUUAAUCACCAAUUGCAUUCUGGUUUUUUUUUUCUCUUUUGCUACAGAACCAAUACUAUUUUGGUACUAAUAAAAGUCCUGGGAGACUCGUAUUUGAAAAGACUCUCAAGGAAAAAACUUUUAAGAUACAGAUACAGCUCAAAUUUUCUUCCCUACACAGGUCAUUAUUACACCAUCACUACUGAAGACUACAUCAAGCUCACGCUCAGUGAGGCUCAUCUUGUGUUCGAGUUCCGACCUCUGAGUGCGAAGUUGGGAGGGAAUACCUUUCGCUCAGUGCAUGCAUCCCAAAUCAAGCCUGGUGACUACAUCCUCGUUCACGUUCCAACGUACCAUGCUCCUAUUGCAAGGAAGGUUAUGUCAGUCUCGACGGCUGAAAGAUUUGGUGCCUUUGCACCAGUUACCCAAGAAGGGACCAUGAUCGUGGACGGUGUUUGGGUAUCGUGUUACGCUGACAUUGUGGAUCAUGAUUUGGCUGAUUCUCUCAUGUCCCCACUGAAGAGCUUUUACAACAUGGCCCCUCAAACGCUAGGAGCAAGAGGCUUGAAUGUUCAUAGGUACCUUAAACAAGUCUUGCGUCCCAUUGGCUUGCGAAUCCUUGGAAAAGAGAAGUUCUAUCAAGGACCUGAAGGCGAAGAGACUGCGGGGAAAGACAAUACCAUAACAUCAGUUUAUCACCAGAAUAUCUGAGCGGACUUUCUUUCUCUAAGUAGCUAAGCGAGAUAAAUUAAGGGACAGUGUUAGUAACCGUAAAAAAAAGCUUAUAAAUAAACGUGCAGCACAUUAAUUAGGAGGCAGCGUGAAAGCGAGAAAAAAGCGGUCUUGUGGUGUUGCAGUUUACCACUCAUAUAGACUUACAGUCCAAGUUUAAGAUGUCCUUUCUAAAAAACGAGGACAAGUGGUUUUUAUUUAUUGUUUUAGUAAUAUAUCUCUCAGUAGCUUUUGCAAGAUUUUGGUAAUUUACGCCAGAAAGUAAGGGUAGAAAUUUCAUCUGUAUUUAAAUGGUCUGUUACAUGAGAAAGAUCAAUUAAUAUUUCAUGGAAAUGUUUGUUACAAAUCGUUAUCUCAUGCGUCACAGAAGAAUUCCCAGUGCACUUUCCUGUUACUGUAAAUAAAUGAAAAUGUAAUCCCGUCGCCAGAUGGAUUUACUCUUUGAACCAAAAGGGGG